AUGCACAACUUCAGGAUAUCCUUGAACCAUGACGUGUGCGACGGCGGUCGCCUGCGUCCUCACCGUCACCGCAGCAGCAGCAGCAGCAGCAGCAGCAGCAACUUCAGCUCGGGCACAUCCGUGACGACGUCAGAAGAGGCGGAUGUGAACGGCGUGAUGCAGCACCUGGAGGCGGCGGCCGCCGCUGCAGCGGCGAACUCAGACGGCGCUUGCAGCCUGACUGAUUGCAUGUGUCCAGGAGCGAAUAACAAAGAACUGCUCUCAUACAAGCCUGAUGGCGUAGUGAGCGUGUACGACAACCACGAAGAGGACCUCAUCGACUGCGAUGCUGGUGAGAGUGGCUCGCGAACCGGCGGCCUUUCGCGCGAGCGCACAGGCACCGACUUAUUAUCGGUCAAGUCUGCCGGCGCCUCUGCGCGGCGCAGAAAGGACGAGGUGGACGUGGCGGCGAAGGGCAUCCCGCUCGAGGUGCGCCGCUUCCAGUGCACCAAGAGCAUCCUCGCGUUCAAGGAAGCGACGAAGAACGACGCGACACCGGUGCCCGCAAAGUUGGUCGACUUCAUCGUCUCCCUCACCUCGUCCAAGAACGGCUUGUGCACGGAAAAAGAAAUGUGCGACUGGCUGGUGGCGCAGAUGUGUGACCGCAUAGAGACAGGGCAGGUGUGGGCGAUGGGCAAGACAUCGAACCUACUUUUCGCGCUGCUCUGGCGCGGCUCACGCAACUUCAUCGAGAGCGUGCGCACUAGCGGUGCAUCGCUUUUUCAGGUGUCGCAUCUCGCUGACGUGAUCAGGCAAGCUCCGCAGGGGAACAUUAGCGGGGAUCGGCUUCCAGGCUCACUGCAGCCCAUCCAGCACGGCUCGACAAGGCGUAAGUCAGCGCGCAGUCGAGGGAAGUCGGCGAGCGCCGUCGGCAGUAAUAGAGCUGUGAAGCCGUUGACGUCCUGUUUCUUAGAGCAGCUGAAGCUGAAGGGGGUGUGCAGUUGCGGGGCGGCCUCGUGGCUCUCGCAAGGGAACGAAGCCCUUCCGGUGCAAAUCGACCCCACCUUCGAUAUACCUGCAGCGGAGAUAUGCUUCUUCGUUACCAACACGGCCUACAUGGAGGCUCUCUGCGAGUAUCGCUUCCGCCACCCGACGCUGGACCUGGUGCGCGGCGAGAUCUUGUGCGACUCGGACGACUGCACCCUCAGCGACUCCGCGGGUCCGGCCUCUGAUUUUUCGUCGGGUCUCACGACUCCUGCGGCAUGGAAGGAGUUGCUCGACGACACACUGGAGCUCAUCAAGACGGUCGCCGCGGCGGACCCGAGCAUCUUGAUCUGUCCGACUGGCGUGGCCAUUGCAACGAUACGGCUGCGCAAUGCAGUCCUGCUCUAUGAGGUGGCGUGCCGCGCUUUGGUGCGGCUGGUGCACUCCAUCUUCACCUCCCUGCGCACGCUGGUGAACUCGGUGCAGACGGAGUCGGGGGCGCCACCGACGAGGACGCAGACCACCCGUGCUGAGCAGUCGCCAACCGCUAUCACAGGUAGCGGCUGCAGCGAUAGCAGCCGCCUCGCAGACAUCGGUGCAAGGGUAGAUUUAACGCUCUCCCCGGAAGCCGCACUUGGCCUCGUGAACAUGCACUACAGUGCCAUGCACCAGUUCAACUGCGCUGUCCGCAUUUUCAAGACUUACUGCGAGUCGGCCCAGCACGUGUCUGCGGAGAUUUCGAAAAGGGCGACCGCAGCGCUGAAGCUGAUACCAGAGGAUGACUUUGCCGCGUUCCGUGAAACACUUAAGCAGCUCCAGGAAAACGACUGUGCCAAGACGGCGGACGCAUCACAUACUGCUAUGCAGCCAUUGCCUCAUCAGGCGGCCAACAGCAGCGGUGUGCUUUCACCCUCCGCCGCCGGCGCGACGGAAGGGCGGGCAACAGAGAUGUUCAGCCCGUUGUCCACCGUCGCGGUGGACGGUGCAUCUUUGCCGACCCCGGCUCCCUUUUCGUUGGAGAGCGGCGCGUACUCCACCUCUCUCCCAGACGCGGGGGUGCGCGAUGCUGUGCUGAUGCUGUACGAGUUCAACAGCGCGCACGAGGGAGAACAGCCACCCAUGUGGAGUCGGCAGGUGGAUGCGGUGAGCGCGCUCUUCGACGAAAAAGAGGCCGCCAUUCUUCACCGGAUCUUCCGAGAUGGGCUGGAUGGACUCGGGGGUCAGUGGCGCGACCUCACCAACAGCGCCUUGGCCGCCGCCGAGAAAGUGCUCAUGACGCCAUGCGAGUCGACGUCCCCGGCGCCGAAGCGGGAGAACAGCGGUGUCCACGGUUUUCCCUCCUCGGACGGCAUCGCGCCUGAGUCUGGCGGCCACCAUGGUAGCCACGGUGAUGCGACGGCCCGGAAUUCCGCGCACGCUCUUCGCUCUCUGCCAUCUGGGUUGCAGUUGUUGCAGGCGACCGGGCUCGCCUCUGGCGACGACAAGGCAGACUUCGCCUCUCCCAGCAGCUCCAGUGCGAACAACAGCAGUCUCAGCGUCGCCGGGGCGGAGAAGUCGGCGGAGCGGUCGAUUGAGGCGCUCCUGCAGGAGGAAGAUGUAGUGGUGAUUUGCAACGAGGAGUGCUCGUGCAACGACACACUAAAGCUGACUGACCGUUUUCAGAUCCUGAUGGACGUCCCGCUUGGCCAGGGUAGCUACGGCAAGGUGUUCCGCGCGUGGGACGAGGUGGCCGGGUGCUACUUGGCUGCGAAGGAGCUGCCGCUGGACUCGUCCAAGGCCCACAGCGUCGCGGUGCGCGAGGUGCUGCAGGAGUACACGGUGCUGACGGAGCUGUCGCACCCGAACAUCGUGCGUGUGGUUGCCUUCAUGGUCAUGAGGGAGACAGCGCGCAUUUACAUGGAGUGGAUGCCGUCGGGCUCGCUGCAGGACGUGCUGCGCCAUCACCCGCGCGGCGUGCUGCGGGAGAGCGUCGUGUGUCGCUACGCGCGUGAUGUGGUCUCGGGGCUCGCCUAUCUGCACUCGCGCGGCGUCAUUCACCGUGACGUAAAGCCUGCGAACAUGCUGCUCAGCUCCGACGGUACAGUGAAGCUGACCGACUUCGGCACCAGCCUCGUUCUCAGCGACAACAACCGCACACUGAAAUCCGAUGCACUCGCCGGGACGGCAGCGUAUAUGGCCCCCGAGUGCGUGCAGGGGACCUACUCGUCCGCCUCUGACAUCUGGUCCUUUGGCUGCUCGGUGGUGCAGCUCAUCACGGGUCACCUGCCGUGGUACGACGUCCAGACGGGCUCCUCACCGGAACCCAUCGCGCUGCUCUUCAAGAUUGGAUGCUUGGACGACACAACGCACCUCGAGCGACCGCAUGAUCCAUUAGUGUCAACCGUGGCAGCCGCAACCAUCGCUACGGAGACUUCUACGAGUUUUGACGCCACGUUGUCGAACUCCAACACCGCCAGCAUGACCGGGUCCUUCGCAUCGACUUUCUCAAAGUCCUUCAGGGCGGCGUUGCCAGCCACAACUGUGACGUCACAGCCGGAAAUCAGCCAGGAGCUCAUCCGCAUGCUCAACGCCAUCUUCGUCGUGGACCGCAAAAAGCGGCCUUCAGCGAGGGAGCUCAUGCACCACCCCUUCUUCAAGCUCAUGUGA